UUUUUUUUCAAGUAUGACUUUAGCUGCUAUAGGUCAAUUUUGUGCUAGUUCUAUUAUAGAGACAAAUAAAAUAGCAUGUUGUCAAUUGAUGAAAAAGGCUGCUCAACAAGGUGCAAAAAUGCUCUUUUUACCUGAAGCCUCCGACUUUAUAUCUGAAACAAAGGAACAAGCUUAUUCAUUGACUGAAUCUAUUGAUCAAUCUAGUUUUAUUCAAGGUCUACGUAAAGCGGCUCAAAUAGAACGAAUAUGGGUAUCAGUUGGUAUUCAUGAAAAGUGCACUAGUGAUCCUCAACGUAUCUAUAAUACUCACGUGGUGAUAGAUGAUCAAGGUCAAAUAACAUCAAAAUAUCAAAAGAUUCAUCUUUUUGAUGUGGAUAUCAAAGGUGGUCCUCGAUUGAUGGAAAGUGAUUCAACCAAGGCUGGAGAAAAUAUCAAUAUUCCUAUUAAAAGUCCUUUAGGUGUAUUAGGACUUCAAAUAUGUUAUGAUCUUCGGUUCGCUGAAUUAUCUAUUCAACAACGACGUCAAGGUGCUCAUAUACUCACUUUUCCAAGUGCAUUUACUGUCAAGACCGGAAUGGCUCAUUGGGAAACUUUAUUAAGGGCAAGAGCAAUUGAAACUCAAUGUUAUGUAAUAGCUUCAGCACAAAUAGGUCAACAUAAUCAAAAACGAAUUAGUUAUGGAAAUUCUAUGAUUGUAGAUCCUUGGGGUACAGUGUUAGCUCGUUGUCCUGAUUUAACAGAACCCACCUUAGCAUUGGCUUCCAUCGAUUUGGACUACCUGAAUAAGAUACGAACUGAAAUGCCAGUGAUGAACCAUCGUAGAAAUGAUAUUUAUCCUUUGAUUUAGUAUUUUAAAUUACUUAAUAUAUAUAGAUGUUUAGAAGAAAAUAAAUUUAUAUUAUAAAAGUG